AUGAGCCACCUCAAAAGCGCCUUGCUGUUGACAAAGCCACGACUGGGCCUGUCACACCCACCCGAAACACGGUCGAAGAGGGUAUUCGAUCGAGGCAAUGGCACAGCUGGCUCCAAUGCAUUUCAGAAGAAGUUGGUCGCAGCAGCAUCGCAAUCCAAAGCUGGCAUGCGAGUGACCAAGAAUGUCGAGCCAACACAGAAGGAGGACUCUCAACUUCGGCGGUGGCAGGAGCAUUAUCGAAAAUUAUUCCCUUCGUUCUCUUUCUACUUCGACGGCUUCACGGAGCCUGCCCGUGCUCGCGAGCAGGCUCAAUUCGUCAAGCACAUCUUACAUUUCGGUGCGAAAGAAGAGAAGUUCUUCUCGAAAUCGGUCACCCAUAUCAUCACAACCAGGCAGAUACCUACCGAAGACAUCGCCUCUGUAGCUUCUGGUCAGGAUGAUCAGUCGCAGGCCACGAGUACGUCGGCCCUGGACAAAGCGGCCCGACAGCGUAAGGAUGGUGCACCUGCCUUGGAUAUUCUGCAGCGAGGGCUGCAGAUGGGCAUGAAAAUAUGGGCAGCCGAGAAGCUACAGCGAGUUCUGUCGACCAUGGAGCAGAAGAGCACAUUGGCGCCUGCACGAGAAGCGGUUCGGGAUCAGAAUGAUCUGUCCCAGGCACUGCGGAACGACAGGGUGGUAACAUCGGAGCGUGAGAGGCCUGGCCUGCAGCGUGACCUCAUUCCAUUUAAGGGCCCGUACAUCUACAUCCACGACAUGGACGAACGAUAUCGACCAACAAUGGCCCGAGAAUACAAGCAGCCAGCAAAGAAGGGUGAUGGAGAGUGGCCGCAAUUCCGCUCCGCUGCGGUUGGCAAGUGUCCUUUUAUCGAGGAUCCGCAACUUAGGAAGGAUCAGGAACGCAAAGCAGCACAACAGCGCGCCCUUCAACGAGAAGAGCCUACGCGAAUGCAACCACCGCGACGGGUAAGUCCUCGCAAGUCGCUCAGGGAACUGCACAAUCCUCCACCAGCAACCAUCAACCCAAGUAUGCUUCACAAGCGAACCGACUCCACCAACUCUUUUCCACCAUUGCCCAGCCAGAACGGCAUGGACUUCGUCCGAGCUCCUGGAGGCCCGCUGCUGAUGACUCGUGAGCCUGCCGCGUCCGGGAUUCAACGCUCCAACUUGACUUCGGCGAUACAGUCCAACAUGAUCUCGUCCACAGCCGCGACUGGUGUCAAAACUAAUACCAGCAAGGAAGUCAACGAGCUCAAGCGGAAAGUGCUCGAGCGCAGUAAUACUGGCAGCGCGUCUGUUGGUUCAAUACCGAGCUCGCAUCGUAUGCAGGACCUGGCUGGCGUGUUAAAGAAUGCUCGGGCUCCCGCUCCAGCACGAGCAGCGAAGAGCAAAGCACAAGAGAAGCUCGGUGGCAUUCAGGAGGACGAAGAGGAGGAAUACCUCCGUCAACGGGCGAGUAAGGGCAACCGCAAACGAUCACAACGGGAACCCAAACCUGGUUAUUGCGAGAAUUGUCGUGAUAAGUACGAGGACUUCGAUGAGCACAUCCUCUCACGCAAACACCGAAAGUUCGCAAUGACUCAGAGCAAUUGGGAAGAGCUCGACGCUUUACUGGCGAAACUACAGCAGCCAUGA